AUGUCGGAGCAGCCGGCGGGUUUCAACCCGACCGAUGCCCUUUAUGCGUAUCCAUACAUCAUGGCCGCCAUCGACCCGAUACAAGAUCCACAGUUCGCGCUAAUCUACCUGAUUCGCGUGCUGGAGAGCUUUGUCGACCAUGAAAAUCAACAUCCGGCCCCGCUUUUGCUGUGCGAGCUUGGCAAGCUGUUCUACCAAUUAAUCUCCUACCGCCCGUUGACAUAUCAAGAUCUUCGACGAGUUGCCGGGCAGAUUGGCGAGGCCGUGUUGCGAGAUUUUGACAAAGUGAUUUCACAAGUUCAAAUGGGCGAUCUUCGCGAGCACAUCACUCUCAUCGAAGAAUUGGGCAUCGACAUCAAGAAUUCGAUCAUCAACGGCAAUUCUUUGGUGGCUGUGUUUUUGAAAAAAUUCAGUCUGGCGACGACAAUGCUGACCGACUACGAGGUGUACGGCCAAUUCGAGAGGCAACUGAAAUAUUUGGCCGGCGAGUGGCAAUACAAGCCGAGUCUCUACCCUCACGUCUCCAACUCGUACAAACAGGCCGAGAAAUGGGUGUUGAGUCGACUUCAUUGGCUGCAGCGUUGCCCGAGUCGAGUGCAAGAAACGGACGAGGAAAUUAUGGCCAUUUGCGAACGGACGAAGCAGCUCUAUCCCAUAAUGGCCGCUGUGCACCUUCUGAUCUCGGUUGUUGAAACGCGUCGGCUACGCGCUCGAAAUGCGGAAGAUGCGCUCGCGGAUUCCGUUGGGACACUCGUACGCUCUCGACUCGCCCGUCAUUUCAACAAUUUUGCGAUGGCGAGGACAAUGUUGGACGAGACGGUAAUGCUGUCGCAUGGCUGUAAGGACAAUCACACUCUCCGGAUGGCUGUGGCGGAGAAGAAGAUUCUGGAAUAUCAAAAUGAAAGAACCGACCCGACGGCCAAGUAUAUUCCCGAUCAACACGACGACUACCCGAGCCAGGAGGAUAUUUGGUUUUUCCAAGAAUCCGAUGAUGUCUAUGAUGGGAGCGCGGCCCAGUGCGUCGAAUUUAUCGACACACUUCUGGAUACGAUUCGCCAGAUUUCGAGUGGGAAACCGACUUAUUGUAACGUGACGCCAAUGUUCUCCACUUCGGCCUGGAUGCGUGGAAAUGAUCCUACGGGCGAGCAGAAAGCGUACCUCGACGUCGCCGAUGCUAUCAAGUCUUCUGCCCUACUCUUGCACGGACAUCUCGAUCAGACGUUCCAAAUGGCGAAAUGCUGGAACGGGACGAAUAAUGGGGACCGAUACGCGAAAUAUCACGAAACCGAGGCUCAUGCAAUUUUCAACGUGAACACGAUGUAUGCGCUGGCACUGGACUGUCAAUGGGGACAGGCCCUUCAACUCGUCGACCGGGCAAUCGCACAAUUUGGACCAAGGGCCAGUGAUAGGAUAAAAGGGCACUUGAAGCUGGCGAAGGCGCUGAUCAAGUUCGACUCUCGACUGUUCGGCUGUGAUCUGGAAGGGGCUGCCGAGCAAUUGCCGCUCAUCGAGCCGUAUUGCCCCUUUGAGCAUGUGAUACGGUUGGCCCUUCAUCACGCCUGCACCGGCCAGCUCUCCGAGGCCAUCCAACUCCUCAACGCCUAUCGCCCCAAAAUAGCCGGCGAUGUGCACACGCUGGAAAGGAUACGUUUACUUUCGGUGCUCGGAAAUCUGCACACCGUCAAUAGGAAUCUCACGGAAGCCGAGGCGUCGCUUGUCAAGGCUGUACGACUUGCCCGUGUCUCACAGGCGAAGCCGUUGAUGUGGCUGACAACUCGCCAUUUGGCCAGAGUAAUGAUAGAGCAGAAUAAAUUCGACGAGGCCGCCCAGCUAUUGCGGGAUGAUUCGGAUGAUUUGGGAGGAAGAAGGGGCAUCGAAAGGGCCCUGUACUGCGCUACGGUAGCGGAAUUGCAUUUGAAGAAAGGGGACAGCCAAGAAGCGCUCAAAUGGCUCGGCCUUUUCCUGGAGGUGUCGUCGAAAGCUGGCAUUUUUGCCUGGGCAAAGGACGCCCUCUUCCACGCGACACGCAUCUUUUCGGAUGCCGGGGAUGUGGAAGCGAGAGACGCCUCUGCGCUGGCAAUGUGGCGAGCCCACGAGAAGCACCCACAAUCACUCGACUGGAAAUUGUUC